CUUUCGGUACUAAAUUUGGUGAGUGAAUGUGACGGUUUUGGUACUUCAGGAAGAAAAAGUGUUUUCUAGACAGUUUAAGUUAAUUCAAAGUAAAUUGGAACUAAAAUUGUGCCGAGAGUCUGUUGUUUACGAAAAUAGUGAAGUACCACGGGUUAUUGCCUCACAUGAAGUGUUUUUCUAUGAAAGGAACCUGUAAAUUGUCUGUGCAAAAUCGUGUCGGCAUUUGUUGUAUGUUUGCCUGCCACGUUCUGGUACAUUAAACAGGUCUUUUGGAAAGGCAGCAGACAGUAGCCAUAUCCGACUUUUGGAAGUUUUUCCAUCACAACAGCUGUCAACACAUAAACUGUCAACUGGUGGUCAGGGUUCAUACAUCACCACAUCAAAGUCAACACCAGAGGUCGGUUUGGUAGCAAAAUUCGACGCGCGGUAUUCAUUUUUGAUAAUUAUUUGUAAGUGCAAUAAUUAUAUGUACCACAAUCAAUGUUUGUUUUGGUUGUGUAGCUGGGAGUUGGGGGUAAUUUUCACAGUGGCUCGUCAUUAACGGUUCACACAACUCACUGUUUUUGAUGCCCCAAAAUUCAAUAAUUCAACGUUUACACAGGAACAAAAUGAGUAGCUCAGAUUCCGGAAAAGAAUCUAUUGAGUCGGACGCUCCAUCGUCGGUUCCGAGCAUCGACUCAACAGAUGAAGCACUAAUCGGGGAAGCACUGAAAGACGAUGCGGUAACUAAGGCGAUGGAAAAAAUGGUGUCCUGCGACCUUCAAUUAUCUUCUAAGGCGACACCAGGAGCAACACCUGGUUGGUCACAGCCUCCAGCGCCAACUGUCGCACAAGGAAGCAAUAGUCCACAGCCUGGUCCAUCUAGAAGUUUAACUGAAGCUGAGGAUCAACGCAAACGGAAAUUUUACGAAACGGAUUUUUCUAUCGAAGAGAUUGAUUAUAUGAAUAUGAUGGUUGAUGAGAGGAGAAAAAGGAACAAGACGCAAAAAGGCAGCAAGGUUGCAUUAAAUAACUCGUCUUAGCUUUUAUUCAAGUUUAGAUAUUUCGUAAAAGAAAAAGAGAAAAAUUAUCUGGAAU